UAUGGCAAGAGAGCAAGUGGUAGAGACGAGUUGUGAAAGGGCUUCUCUUCUUGAUGCAACGUCUGAUCAGCACCGACUGUCGUCGGAGCUAGCUCCCAAACGAACAUGGCCGUGGAAGAGAAUUGUUUUGCUAUUAGCGGUGAUGAUUAUUCGCACAGUAAUCGCGAUGUCUGCUACCGUUCUUACACCGUUCUAUCCGCAAGUCACAUACAAAUGGAAUAAGAAAGAAGAAGCUAGCAAAUUCACUGGUUAUCUGCUCGGAGGUGUUUUGAUGUUGAACGUUGUGUCGGGUGUUUUUGUCGGUCAGUGGGGAAUUCAGCAAAUCGGAUCUAAAUUUUGGGUAGUCAAUGGUCUCUUUCUCUCCGGGGGAUGUGCAUUCCUGUUCAGUGCUUUGCACUAUGCGUCUACGUGGGAUCAUUUUUACGGCUUGUCCAUUGCUGUGGGACUUGUCUGGGGAUUUGGCGGAGGAGGGACAGACGUGGCUGCGGUGGCAAUCGGCACAACACGCUUUCGUAAACACAUUGGUUUGACAGUUGGUGCUCUGGAAAUGGGACUGGCAUUGGGUAUUACUAUUGGACCUUUCCUUGGAGGAGUUCUUUAUCAGACAGGUGGAUUUAUGCUCCCUCUUAUAGUUAUUGGAAUUCUGACAUGGAGCCUGGCUGUGGUGUCUUUCAUUUUCUUGCCUGCAAAUGGAAAGACAAAUAGGCGACCGUCAAGCAGAAGUAGAUCUGAAUCGACUUUGAGUAUGGAGUUAGCUAAGGAGACGCUAGUGUCAGUGGCCUCGCUAUUCAAGAAUAUCUGGAUUGUUUUCACAUGUCUGACGGUAUUUUUUAUCAACAGUGUGAGAGGUCUGCUGGCCGCCGCACUCGGUGCAUUUCUGGAUCAGCAAUACCAGUUGUCUCCAGAAAAUAUCGGAUUCUUUUUCAUGGUUGCAGCUGGUACUAAUGCAUUGUUUGCAGCUCCAUCUGGGAAGCUGGCAGACAAGAUUGGACCUCGGUGGUGUAUUCACUUUGGUAUACUCUUAGUGGGUGGGGGAUGUUUUAUUAUGGUAUUUGGUGAUUCCACGGGUAUGGAAUUUGGAGCUAUGGUUGUUAUUGGUGCUGGGUGCGGUUUGGCACUAGGAACUGCUCUAGCUCAUAUCUCGAAAGAAUGUCUAGAACCAGGAGUUGCGAGGUCAGAACAAUUAAUGGGUCUUCUCACUGGGAUUUUAGCGUUCUUCUCUGCAUUUGGUCUUGUAACUGGAAGUGUUGCCGGUGGUUUGUUGUCUACAGAAUUUGGGUUUCGAACAGCUGGUUUGAUUUGGGCAUGUUGUUGUUCAGGGUGGGGUGUUUUGUAUUGUCUUGCACAUGUCUUCUGCUCGUUUCGUAGCUCUAGCCGCUGCUACAAAGAUAGAAUUAUAGAUGAAUAAAACUAGAGUCUAGAAUCUUGUAGAUCUUGUUACGUGUG